AUGCCAUUGGAACACGCCCUUCAAAGAAGAGGACUCUUUCCUAGUCCUGGUCCAUGGAAACAACCCAAGGCCGUUCCAGCUGUGCUUACACAACCUUUGGGAAUGGACAUGUUGCCGAGACAAAAGCAUAUCAAGACCAAGCGUAAACCAUAUCAGCUCAACGUCAUGGUUGUCGGCGAGUCUGGUCUUGGCAAAUCCACCUUUGUCAACACUCUCUUUUAUGCCGAUCUCAAAGAUACUUUACCCAAGGUGCCUCAAGAUACCAAGACUGUCGAUAUCACCCCUGUUCACUUUGAGCUUGAAGAAGAUGGCGUGAAAUUACAUCUUUGUCUCAUUGAUACCCCUGGAUUUGGUGAUCGAUUGAAUCGAGAUCAAGACGUGCAUCCCAUUUUGGAAUACAUUGACCAACAAUACGAAGCGUACUAUGAAGCCGAGAAACAUGUUGGAUUUCGUCGAAUCAUCAAGGAUACUCGUGUACACGCUUGUUUGUACUUCAUUUCGCCCACUGGUCAUAGCAUGAAAGAAUUGGACAUCAAGACAUUGCAAGAGCUAUCAUCCAAGGUCACAGUGAUCCCUGUUAUUGCCAAAGCUGAUACAAUGACUGCCGAUGAAAAGAAAGCGUUCAAGAAAGCGCUGCUUGAGGAUUUGGCUCUGCAUGAGAUCCCGAUUUAUCCUAAUGCGUAUCCCGACGAGCAUCGAGAGCCAAUGGACGAUACACUUCAACAUGUACCUUUCGCAGUUAUGGGAAGCAAUGAGGAUGUUCAAUUACCAGGUGGCAAAACAGUACGUGGUCGUGCUUAUAGGUGGGGCACAGUGGAAGUGGAGAAUCCUGAGCACUGUGACAUGGCACAUCUUCGACACCUGCUUAUGAUAGAAUGCCUUCACGAGCUGGGUGAUAUUGCCCAUCAUCAUCAUUACCACGAUUACCGAUUACGCCUCUUGCAAGCCCAAGGUCGUGAAGACAUCUUGAUGAAAUGCGAUGAAGAAUACGAUUCACAUAUUGAAGGCAUGACCAAGAAUCUAGCCAAGGAGAUGAGUGAACGAGAAGAGAACAUGCGUAAACAAUUUGUGGAUAUGGUUCAAAACACGGAAGAUGACUUGAAACAACGAGAGCAGGAGCUCCAACGCAAACGAGAGGCGAUGAUGAAGGAAUUGGAAGAGCAGCAGCGCCAAAUCGCACAAUUAGAACAAGAUUUGAACGACAAGUUGAAAUUACGUGCAGCAAAGUAA